AGAAACGCACGGACGGACGCGCUUGUCCGUAAUUCUAAUAAUGUACUCAAACACAAUACGUAUUGCGAUAUUACUGAUAAUACCAUUCAAUGUUAUUUCACUAAACAUUCUAAGUAUACUACCGUAUCAUGGAAAGAGUCAUUUUUUUGUAUUUAAAGUGUAUUUACAAGAAUUAGCAAGACGAGGUCACAAUGUAACAGUGAUAUCACACUUUCCGCAAACUGACCCGCCGAGGAAUUAUCAUGACAUAAGUUUAGCUGGGACUAUCGAAGCUAUUGAAGAUAAUUUACCGUUUCAUAGAUCAUUCCUUAGUAUACUCGAAGUUGGUUUAUAUUUAACGAACUCGGGUAAAGUGAAUUGUGAAAUAAUGCUAGCUAAUAAAGAUGUACAAAAACUUGUUAAAGAUAGACCAAGGUUUGAUGUUAUUGUUGUUGAACAAUUUAACAGUGAUUGUGCUUUGGGUAUAGCUUAUAAGCUGCAAGCGCCCGUUGUUGGUAUAAUGUCUCACAUUUUAAUGCCAUGGCAUUAUAACAGAUUCGGAAUUCCGAGCAACCCAUCGUUCGUUCCCUUCCACUUUUUGGAAGGUGGAACGAAACCUACAUUGAUGCAGAAAGUUGAAAGAACCGUUUUAGAUGUUUAUUUUAAAACAAUGUUUUAUGUAUUUAGUCAGAGAAGCAAUGAGCAAACACUUGCAAAAUAUUUCGACGACGUACCUCCCUUGGAAAAUUUGGCUAGAGAAAUAAAAUUUUUACUUAUAUAUCACAAUUUUAUUUUAACUGGGUCAAGACUGUUUCCGGCUAAUGUUAUUGAAGUUGGCGGCUAUCAUGUAAAAGAAACCAAGCCCUUAACCGGAGAAUUGCUUAAAUUCAUGGAAGAAGCAGAACAUGGCGUAGUAUACAUAAGUUUUGGUUCAGUCGUCAAAAGCUCUACAAUGCCAGAAGACAAGGUCAAAGCCGUUCUAGAAGCUAUAGCAGAACUUCCACAGAGAUUUAUAUGGAAAUGGGAAAACCAAAAUAUGCUAUUGGAAAAAAAUAAGCUUUACACAUCCAACUGGUUGCCACAAGUGGAUAUAUUAGGUAAUCCCAAAACAUUGGCCUUUUUAUCACAUGCUGGGAUGGGCAGCACAACAGAAGCAAUACACUUUGGAGUGCCAAUGGUAGCGAUGCCUGUGAUUGGUGACCAGCCAGCUAAUGCUGCUGCUAUCGAAGAAAGUGGACUUGGAGUACAGCUACAAAUCAGUGACUUAACAAAAGAUAAUUUAGUCGCUGCCUUCAAAAAGGUGUUAGAUCCGACAUUCCGAAAAAACGCAAAACUAUUAUCAAAGGCAUGGCAUGACCGCCCUAUGGCUCCUUUGGAUACUGCAAUUUACUGGACAGAAUAUGCUGCUCGUUAUCCUAACAUGACAUUUAGAUCAGCAGCCGCCGAUGUACCUUCUUAUCAAUACUAUAAUUUAGACGUCAUUGGCGUUUUUGCGAUCGCAUUAUUAUCAACAAUAUAUAUAUUUAAAGGUAUUGUGUACACGAUAUGUUGUAAAAACAGGAAAACGACAAGCAACAACGAACAUUCUAGUAAAAAUAAAAACAAAAGAAGAUCUAAGCGCGAAUAAACUUUUAAAGUAAUAAUUUUGUCGUUUACACAUUGUAUACGACGAAAUGACGAAGCAGAAAUAAGAUUAUGAACUAGAAUUCGUCGUCAAUUAGCUUGCUUUGUGUGAUGAAAUAUGGACAAUCAAAAUUGUGUGACAAUAGACGCUUUAUUUUUUUUUUGCUUUGUAUAUUUAUUUGUUAAUAAAGCAACA